AAUGAGCUCCUGAGGUUUCACGCCGUUAAAGCGGGUUUUCUUCAUUAAAGCGAAAAGGAAAGUGUGCAGAGAGGAUGAAACAGAUCCAGCUGGUGAUGCUGUCACUCAUAUUUACUGGACCAGUGACGUCGUUAUAAUAAAUUCGACAACUCCGAUAAAGUUUUCACGGGACUCCUUCAGUUUAAAAACAAACGAAAAAACAACUUUUUGCUCUUCUUGCCUUCUCCCGGAAAGUGCGUCUCUACUGCGCCGCCAUGUGUGCGCUGCAGCCGGCGUGGCUGUGCCUGCUGCUCGGCCUCUUGCCUCUGGAGGUGCAGUCCCGCGCUUUGACUCUGCAGAGCCCGGAUCACAGACAGAGGUUGAGUUUAUCGAGAACCUCCAAAUACCAAAAGUCCUCCGGCUCCGUCAUCAUGCCGACUAUGUCUGAUAUUUCGGCUGCCAUUGACAACCACAUCACUGAGGGAGACAGGCAUUUCAUCUGGAGGGCCCUGUUGCACAAAGACCCCCCGCCGAGGUGGUCCGAUCCGUUGCUUGACCAAACAGACAGUGUGCCAUUGGAAGCGCCAGCCUGGCAGCGAGGGUCACGGGGUCGUCGCCACGCCAACAAUGGUGGCGCGAGAGGCCACGGUCAUCUGAUGAGGGUGGGGUGUGUCCUGGGUACCUGUCAGGUUCAGAACCUCAGCCACCGUCUCUACCAGCUGAUUGGACAGAGCGGGAGGGAAGACUCCUCCCCCAUUAACCCUCGCAGUCCUCACAGCUACGGCUAGCACCACUCCUACAAUGUACUUACGACUUUAUCGUUAAACGUUGGCAGGUUAUAGCCUGGCUGGAAAUUAAUCUAUCAAUGAGUUCUCUCAACCCUGCCUCCUAGAAAUGUAAUACAACAUUUUCUUUUUUCUUAAUUGUCCUGUGAACCUUUAUGUUGGCAGGAUUAUGUUUAGGGGGAACAAAAAGUCGGUAUACAAUCUUGAUUCUAUGGUAGAAAACAAAAAGGAAAUGUUAGCAGAUGUUAUAAGUAUAUUCAGUAUUUUUCCACCUUGACACAUAAAUCAACCUUUUCUCAAAUAGAAAACGUGACCUGUGCAGCAACAUAUUUGCUGUAUCAGACGAGUAAUGAAAACAGGGAACUUCAAGUAGACAGGAUGGUCCUAAUUGAUCUCAGCUGCUAAGUAGCAAAAGUAUAAUUAUAGAGUUUGGGGUUAUUAUUACAAGUCAACAUCACUCUCUCAGUGAAACUUACAGGUUGUAUACACUCAAUAGUAUCCCCACAGUUAACAGCUUUUAGUCAAAUGUAGGUUAACACAGGGUCAACGGUACAGUGACAUGUAUUGGGUGUAUGAGAAAACAGGUCAGAAUAUCGAUAAAACGCACCAGUCCCAAUAUGUGCAAUAGGAACAUUAGUCAUAUACAGAUAACAUAAAAACAUGUUUCGAUAAUCCAGUAAGACUUCUGGCACAUUUGUUUGAUUUAGAAGACACUUUAUCUGUUUUGUCUAACAUGACAGCCUCUUGUUUCAUGGAGGUGUGAGCCUGUGUGAUUUGGAGAUUUCCGCAGCGUUAUCAGUCAGUAUCGCAUAUGAAAUGUAAUGAAACUAAAGUCCUAGGAGUUUUGGCAUUGAUACCAGACUAUUGAUUUGUACACUUUAUAUGUUAACAAGGAAAACUUUGAAUGAGGAAAGCCUUCUUUCAAACUGGCCUACAUGACUAAUGUCUACUAUCGUCAUCAUUGGUGAUCCUGCUGAUCUGAAGCUACUUGAGCUCCGAGCUAAUCCCCCUGUCUCUCAAAAGCACCUUCAUCUGCUUCUGCUAACAAGUAGAUUUACUGUAGUGCGAACAUAACCCAGAAUAACGUCCAAUCAAACACUGUUAACCCUUCACCCAAAACCCCACAGAGCACACAAUUAGCCAAAAUAACCACUAAUCCAUUAUCUUUGGACGCUUCUUGCAAGAUAGCUUGUCUCUUAACAUGGAAAAGCUGUAUGGUGCAUCAUUAAGGUUUUGCCACUAAAAAGUAUUUUCUUCAGCCUUAAAUCCUUUAAUCAUUUGUUAGGCCUUGACAUGUUGUGCCUUGAAACUAUCGUGAUAAUUGAUGUGGAUAGUCUUAUAUGAACAUUAUAGUCUUUUAUUUGUGCGUAAGUUAGGCAUAAAAGUGUCAGUAGUUAAAUGUUAGUAGGACUGCAUGAAAUCACUUUUUUCUCCUUUACAUUCAGUAUGACUUGAAUUUUUCUAAAUAUGUUAUUUAACCUUAACUUAAUGAGACCAUUUUGCUGUAAAUAUUCCACUAACUUCAUGUCCAUGUGAGCAACCUGAUAAGGUACAAGUGUCUUUUUGUACACCUUAUGUUUGGCUUUCAUCUUAUACUCUGUUUUUAUAUUAGCAGCCAUGUUGAAUAAAACUCCAGUCAAACCUU